CGCGUUUGAGAUAAAUGUGGCGUCCAUACCAACGGCAACGUAAACUUGCUGUAUUUAGUCAAGUCUGUAUUUUCGCCUUAUUGUUGCCAUAUCAUAGGUUAAAAAGUACACUAGAACAUGGCAGAUGAAUCUGGAGAUAAGAAUGGAGAAAAUAACAAAACAGAUUCUUCAUUACAUGGAACUCGUAUCACUCCACAGCUCCUGAAGGCACAGAGUGGAGAGUUUGAAGUGGAUAGUAUAUUUAGCCUCAACCUCAGACAACAAGAUAUUGAUGAUCUUGGAGCUAUUGGAUCAUGUUCAUGCCUUCAGCGACUGGACAUAAGUAGGAAUGAUUUAACAAGUCUAAAGACCCUGACCCCUCUGAAACAACUAGUCUAUUUAAAUGUAGCUGCCAACAGAAUAUCAAGUCUUGAGCCUUUGAAGGAGAUGGAGAAUUUACGAAGUUUAAAUGCCGCUGGGAAUCUCAUUUCAAGUCUUGAAUCAGUGUAUGCCCUAUCAAAUCUGCCGAACCUUGAAGACAUGCGAUUCCAGGACACCUUGCAAGAUUGGAGCAAUCCCAUCUGUAACAGCACUACCUAUAGGUCAGCAAUGAUGUCUCACUUCUGCCACUUGAAAGCUUUGGAUGGAGAGAGAUUGUGUGGGAAAGGAAGUGAAGUCUUCACAGCUCUCAGACAGCUUGAUAGAGAAUUAGCAAAGUGUGAUGAACAUUCAGGAGAUCAUGUGACAAAAAAAUCCUCCGGUUCUUGGGUGGAGAAAGGAUUCUGGGAUACGUGCCCUGAGCAGAAGAAAGAGAUUGACGAUACAGAGAAAUUGAUCAAAGAAAUGCUUCUCGACUGCAGGACGUUAAGCAAUGUGGCACUUCAUAAAAUACAGCAGACGUGACAGGAUGAGAGAUGAUUCACAGCUCUUAACAGGACAGGACAAUCAGAAGCUCUAGAUGUAUCAUCCAUCGCCUCUCAACAUGCUACCAAGAAGGCAGAAUUUGGAUGGCUUACAAUUGCGGAUCCAAUAUUUUAUGGGGUGUGAAUUCGUAAAAGAAAAAUUGGCCCCCCAAAAGGUCAUCAAUUACAAAUGAAGGGUAUAAUGAAGGGCAUUCCAUCUCCUGUAGAAAAGAGCAUCGCUCAUUUUACAUGGUGCGCCCUCACCUUCUGUUACACCAAUGAAUUAUUUUGUUUUAAUUUCAAUAAUAUAUUUCAAUUGAAUUUGGUUCCUCCAAAGAGGAUUUUGUUAUCAGGGUAUAGGAAUGUAGCAAAAACAGUCACAACCUUUUUACUGUUUGUUGGAUUUCUUUAAAACUUUUACCAUUCUGUUUUUUUAAUUUUUCUCCUCUCUCAUACAACAUUGAUUUUAUGACCAAAGUUGAAUUCACCUUUUAACAAAAAUUGAAGGAAAUAGUUUUAUGACUUUAUUUUCUUGCUUUGUAGUAUUGUGUUAUGAAUCUGAAAAGAGAGGUCAAAGGGUUGGAUUAUAUUGACUUUGCAGAUUGCUCUUAUACUAUCAUUCAUUGCCAGUCAGUCAUGUCAUAUCAUUCUUUAUCCUUUAGUUGGGGCAGUGCAUUAACAAAACAAGGUGAUCAGUAAUUUUAUUUUCGUCAGAUUUGUAUUUUAAUUGUUUUAUUCCUUCAGAAUUUUUUUUUCCAAUAUACAUGUAGAUGACUUAUUUUCAUGUAAAGAUUAUAUAAUUACAUGAACUCCAUUAAAGCCUUGUUUACUUUGAAUCAGAUUCAAUUUGAUUGUUUUACUUCAUAAUAACUGAAAUGUUCCCUCAUUGAAUUUUAAAUAUAUAAUCAUUUUUAUUACUUUUUACAAGAUCAAAAUAUAUUUAUAUUUAAUUUAUUAAAAGAAUGACUUUGGAAUAGUCUGUGCAUACAAUAUUCUUUAUAAAUUAUUGCAUGUUAUGAAGGGCAGGUAUAAUCAGUCAUGUUGGUGAUGAUUAUUUAUGUCAUACAUCUUUACAACAUGGUGAUUAUUGAAUGGCUCCCUCUUCAGUUAGAAUGCGUGUUAAGAUAUAUUUCAGUUCCUUGCAGUGCUUGCUGUGUAUUUGUGUAGAUGAUGUGCGUGUAUUUCAGGCAAUUACAAUGUUUCUCAAGGGAAGAUCCAUUCGAUGGCCUGGACGACGGGAAAAUCAGAAAAACUUAUCGUUUUACAAGGAAUGGGAUUGUACAUAUUGUGGACAUUUUAAGGGCAGACUUAGAGCACAGAACCCAUCGCGAUAGAGCCUUGCCCGUGUUACUUCAAGUUUGCUCUAAUGUUUUAUGCUGGGGACACGUUGCGCUACCAAAUUGCACGUGCCCACAAAGUCAGCAGUGCUUCCAUGUCUAGAUGUUUACGGAACGUGAUAUUGGCUCUCGUUCGACGACGAAGCGAGGCAGGCAGUAACCUUUAAAAUUUCAGUCAUCCUGUGAUAAUCAUAAUUUUUCUUGCAUUACUAUUUUCUUUUUGCAGUUUUUCUAAAAUGUGUGUUUCAACAUGAUCAAUGAUGUGCUUAUUUAUUAUUCUGUAGUUUGAUUAAACAUUCCAUUGAAUAUAAAAGAGAGUUCGUUAUAUGUUUAUUUGUUAUAUGUUAUGAAAAUCUUGCCUUCAAGAUGAAAUAGCAUUUCUGUAGUUGGACAAUCUAAAUGUCUCAUUCCAGUGAUUAAAAAAAAUGAUGUUAUGAUAUUUGUGUCUGAAAUCAAAUGCAUUUUGA